CAAUGACUCAGAUGUGGUGGAGCCGCCUCUUCCUCCCGUGUCCCCAAGGCAUGCGCCGGCCCCCUCGGCUGUCACGGCAUCUCCUCCUACGCAACCUUCAAGUGCACUGCAACUGAUGGCUUCAAUCUUCACCUCGCUUUAGGUUAAUCUAUCCGGUGGAGAACUAUAUAUUGAACACAUCCGAUUCCUUUAAUUUUAAUCUUCCGCAAUUGGGUUUCUUCCGAUGGCUGGAUCGUCUCUGAAAUCCUCGAGCUUUCCGGUGGUGGAUGAGCAGAAGACUCCACUUCUUCCUCUCCAUCAAUCUCCACCGAGCUUUCACCACCGUUUCCGUUCGGUUCUCACGUUGAAGAGCCUCAGCAUAGUCUCCGGCCCUGUAUCAUGCAUGCUAAUCUUCUUCUUCGUUGAUGUCGGUGGCCGGCCGUUGUGCCGGAACAUGCUCGCGGUGCUCUCGUGGGUGUUCCUGUGGUGGAUGACAGAGGCCGUCCCGAUGGCCGUCACCUCCAUGGCACCGCUCUUCCUCUUCCCCAUCUUCGGAAUUUCUUCUGCCGACGAGGUGGCGAAGUUUUACAUGGACGACAUCAUCGCCCUCGUGCUCGGAAGCUUCAUAAUUGUUCUGGCCGUCGAGCAUUACAACAUCCACCGUCGAGUUGCUCUAAAUGUUACUUCGUUGUUCUGUGGCGAUCCUCUCAACACGAAGCUGCUUCUACUGGGCAUCUGCGGCACCACUGUCUUCAUGAGCAUGUGGAUGCACAACACCGCCGCGGCCUUGAUGAUGAUGCCGGUGGCCACUGGAGUACUGCAGCGGUUACCCGACGGCGACGAAGCGUGCCCGGAGGUGAAGCAGUUCAGCAAAGCGGUGGUACUCGGGGUCGUCUACUCUGCUACCAUCGGAGGAAUGGCAACCUUGACCGGCACGGGAGUAAACCUCAUCUUGGCCGGAAUGUGGGAGAGCUACUUCCCUGAGGCAGAGCAGAUCAGCUUCAGCACAUGGCUCUUCUUCGGAUUCCCGCUGGCUCUGUUUAUGUUCUUCGUCUUGUUGAGCAUCCUCUGUUUCCUCUACUGCUCCAAGAAUUCAGACAAGGAACUGUCGGCUUACCUGGACAGGAAUCAUCUGAGGAGGGAGCUUGAAUUGUUAGGUCCUAUGGCUUUUGCUGAGAGGAUGAUUCUGCUAAUAUUCGGCUUGCUUGUUGUGUUAUGGAUGACAAGGAGAAUAACCAAUGAUGUUCCAGGAUGGGGCUCCCUCUUCCAUGGCCAUGUUGGGGAUGGCACUGUCAGCGUGCUGAUGGCAACCUUCUUGUUCAUAAUUCCGAGCAAAAAGAACCAGGGAGAAAUGCUGAUGGACUGGAGCAAGUGCAAGAAGCUUCCAUGGAACAUCAUCCUCCUCCUCGGCGCCGGGUUCGCGAUCGCCAGCGGCGUGAGGACCAGCGGCCUUACCGACGUCCUCUCAGCCGGCCUUGACUUCCUGAAAGGCGCUCCCUACUUGGCCAUCACGCCGGUGGCGUGCCUGAUCAGCGCUGCCAUCACGGAGUUCACGUCCAACAACGCCACCACCACGCUGGUGCUCCCGCUACUGGUGGAGCUGGCUAAGACCAUGAGGGUGCACCCUCUGCUGCUGAUGGUGCCGGGGGCCAUCGGGGCUCAGUUCUCGUUCCUGCUGCCGACAAGCACACCGCCGAACGUGGUGGGGUUCGCGACGGGGCGCAUCAGGAUCGAAGACAUGAUCAAGGCGGGCGCGGCGUUGAAGAUCGCCGGCGUUGUGGCUUUGUCGUUGCUGAUGCCGACGCUAGGAGCAUUUGUUUUCAAGACAAACAAGCAACCAUAAUCAAUCGAUGUCUCAGCGAAGAACAGAGAUUUUCCUGCAAUUGCUUUUCUUUGUUGGGAAGUUGGAAUUCCGUGUCUAAUAUCAGUAAUCAGUUCAUGUUUUUAAGGCAUCAUUUUUAUAUAAAACCAUUUUAAAUAUUUAUACAGUCUGUUUUAUCCGUUCACAGGAUGGAAAGGCAAAAUUAAGCCUUUCCUAAAAUACAAGUCCUUGCAGUCAAUGAGUCAAUCCCUUCCGCUCGCCUCUGUCUUCUCUCCAACACAGGAACCCCAAAACAUACCCAACUUAUCUUCCGCACAAACACAACCGGGGACCACGUCCAUUAGCGUGGUAUUUCUUCUACCCAGAUCAUCGUUGGUACACCAUAAUCCCAGGUCUUUUAAGCCGACCACCUCACCAGUCUAUUUACCCUUGGCUGAGACAUUAAUUACACGAUGGACUGACAACCGUUGCGGUCUGCCGAUAGUUUCGUAAUUAUUAUUAAAGAGGAGGGUAAUUUCCUGGAUCGCCUCGAACCCUAAUAAGUAAAUUUAGUAAACCAUCUCCCACUUCAUACUUUCUCAAUUCCGAUCGCGUUCUCUGCUCUUCCAGCGAUGCCGAGAAGGUGAUGCCGUUUCCCUUUCGCGCCUAUGAUCGUAUUCAAUCGAAAUAUUGUGGCUGUCAACCUUUCUUCAUCAUUUUCUCUUUUUUGUUCUUUGAUGCGUCUUCGAAGUGUUCUACUUUUUUUUCCCCUUGGAUUAGAUGGGUCUGCGCCUCGCUGAGAAAAGAAUACAAUCAUGUUUUUGUUCUUUGUAGAAUAUUUAGGGUUAGGUAUCUGGCUAUUUGCUUUGAUUUUGGAGGGUGAUCAGAUGAUGUUGCUAGCUUUCUUGAAAUUUCUAGGGUGUUUGGUUUGGUGUCCCGAAUGUUCGUGGCAUGAUAUGUGGACCAUACAUUUUUUUUUUUUUGCAUGAAAUGUUCGUCUUUGUGGGAUAGGAGCUUUUCCAGGUGAAAUCGUUCGAUGCUCCCAAUUUGAUUGAUAUUGUAGUUUCUUGUGAAAAACUAAGCCUACUAAGUUGAUUUUCCUUAUUAUACGAUGGGCAUUGUGUAUUUUCUACAAGUUGCAAUCUAAUAGUUAUUGCAGGAAUUUAACCGUUAAGAGGCACAGCAUAUUUCAAACCAUAAGUAGGAAAGGAGGAUGAUAAUGGAGAUGGGAAUCAGAAGGUUGUCGAGUCAAACUUUGUUAAGGUCUGCAUCUUUGUGGGAUUAAAUAACUUCUAGGUUUGGGAUAAACCUGACACGGGACUCUUUCUCCACCCUUUACUAGGAGAGAAAUCCAGGAAUGGCACCGGCAUAAAGCAGGAGCCUUUUACUAUUUUGAUGUUUUAAGUUGGUGAAAGGAGUUAAGAUUAUGUCUGAAUCAGGGAGUUUGCUACAAUAUUGAGUUCCUUCCUGCAAGCCUCUUUUGGAUUGAUCCAUUGUUAUAAUAUGUUAGUCAAUUGGUUACUUCGGGAUUAGCUAUGACUUGAUGGGAUAGGGGGCUCCUCUCGUAAAGAUUAAAGUUUGUUGUUUGGUGGACAUCAUAACUAGUCAUCUAGCCAGCGUUCAGCUAUACAAGGGAGCUAUUGUCAAUACCAACAAAGGUGCACGAUACUGGCAUGCUCCUACCUCUGAGCAUCCAUUUACAUCAAUGUCCAACCAUCAUUUGGUCUAGUUUAUCAGACACCAACUGACGCCAGUAUGAAAAUUUUCCUACUCAUAUUGGCAAGCUAUCACAACAUUGUUUCAGCAUACUCAUUGGAAUUAUUAUUACCAUUUAACAUAAGUAAAUGGGUUGAAUACUUGUCAAUUUUUGACCCUGGAAGUCUUCCAAUUUUUCUGAUUCAUAAAGCAUGAUUAGCUUCUACUUAUAAAGUUCUAAAGCAGAGUGAUAGUUGACAUAGUCUAAGUGUAAGGCUAUAGAAAAUUACCAAUUUUAAAACGUAGCAGUUUUAUGUUAGAUUUUAGUUGAUCUCAUAGUGUCAAUAACUAGGGAACUUAGAUUUCUUUAUUUAUAUGUAUAUUAAUGUUUAACCAUUUGCAAUAUUGCUGAUUGGGGGUUACAUUAUGGGAAUCCUAGCCAGUUGCAGGAAGGAACCUUCUACUAGUCAUAGUGGGCUGUGAAGUUCAAUAUAGAAUUUGGAACUAGUGUUUCAUUUUAAUCCUCCAUAGUGAUUUGUACUUGAUUUUCACAUUGUUGGUUAACUGUAGCUAUUUCUCAGGCAUGUGGUGUUGUGGUUUUCCAUGUCUAUUUUUAAGCUUUGAAGAAUUAGGGUAGACAAUCAGUGGAUGCUGCGAUUGUAACAUAUGCUUGACAGAUGCUCUUUAUUAUUGGUGUAUUGUGAUUAUUAUAUCCUAGUUAAUUAUGUUUCUUUCUAUAUGUAAGAAGCAUCAUGUCAUAAGUUUGCUUACUAACACCUCAGCACUGUUGUAAAUACAAAUGGUGUAUUUUUGUUCUUUCUUGAACACAGGGUUUUUUGCAAGUACUUUGCACGUGGAACAUGCUUGAAGGGAGAGAGUUGCAAUUUUUCACAUGACUGGAGGCAUCAACCUAACAAAGUAUGUACCUUUUAUCAAAAGGGGCUCUGCAACUAUGGCCCUAGUUGUAGAUAUAACCAUGUCAUAGUUUCUGGACAUGAAACUUCUGUAGCAGUAUCCUCAGAAUCUUGCUCUCAAAUAGAAUCAAGUUCUUCUCAAGAUGCUUUUCCAUCAAGAGAUUUAAGGAAUCGAGACACCAGUCAAGCUUUUACUAUUCCAACUGUUUUGGCAACUUCGAGCCAAUCUCAUACACCUCACGAAGGUGCGCAAAACCAGGCGAUUAGUUCUAAUGUGGAUAUCCAUGUUUCUGCUCAUAGCAGGCCAUCUGAUCUACCACUCUGUUCCUUUAACCAUGUUGGUAGUUGUCCUCAUGGUGAAAAUUGUCAUCGUAUUCAUGGAGAGUUGUGUUCUAUUUGUGGUAAACAUUGCUUGCAUCCAUUUCGACAAGAAGAAAGAGACAAACACAUAGAGUCUUGCCAGAGAAACAAGGAGGUUCUUGAAACUUUGAAGUACAGUAAGGAAAUAGAAUGCAGUAUUUGCUUAGAACGGGUACUCUCUAAACCCACAAUUACUCAGCGGAAGUUUGGAAUAUUACCAGAGUGUGACCAUCCAUUCUGCAUUGAAUGCAUUCGGAAUUGGCGUAGUAACUCUCCGUCUUCUGGCAUUGAUUUGAAUACUGCAUUAAGAGCCUGCCCUGUUUGCAGGCAGCAUUCAUAUUUUGUCAUUCCCAGCACAACAUGGUUCU